AUGGACACCUCACCAGAAGAAAAGAAGCGCUCCGAGCACUCACCAGACUCACGAGACGACCAAAUUGAAGCAAGCCAUGAUGCUUGUACUCCGCCCUCAGGCGUCGUUGGCGUCUUCUCCACACUCGGCAACCUCCCAGAAUGGCCCGUCCCCGGCAUCGGUCUCCUCUCCGGCAAACUUCUCAACACAGCUAUAGCAUGGUGUUCAUGCCUCGCCUUUCUGAUGUUUGGUUACGAUCAGGGAGUCAUGAGUGGUUUGCUCACUCUCGACGACUUCCAGCGCCACUUCCCGCUCAUGACACCGUUGUCCCAAGCAAACAGUAUAUGCUGGCUUGACUCGCCAACAAACACCGUCAGGGAUGAGCGCAUGUGUACUGGAGAUGCGAAUACGCAGGCUGCAGCUGUGGCACUAUAUCAAGUCGGCUGCUUUCUUGGGGCGGUGCUGAUUUUGUUCUAUGGCGAGCUUUGGGGACGGAAGAGUAGCACGUUUUGGGGCAGUUUGAUCAUGAUCAUUGGAACCAUAUUCCAGGUCGCGGCUGGUGGGAUGAAUGGUGGCGGCGUUGAUGCAUAUGCGAUUCUCAUCGUUGGACGGGUUGUUGGCGGUAUUGGGAAUGGGAUGGUUACGUCGAAAUCAGCAAUUCCAACCUGGCAGUCUGAAUGUGCAAAGCCUGAGAAGAGAGGCAAGCUCAUUAUCACCUCUGGCGCGAUUAUUGUUGCCGGAAUUAUGAUCUCGUACUGGGCCGGAUAUGGAUUCUACUUCCUCCCUGCAGGUCAGGCAUAUAGCUCUGUGCGAUGGAGGUUCCCAGUCGCUUUCCAGUCGUUCUUCACCGUACUGGUCAUGGUCGCGCUUCUCUUCUUACCAGACUCUCCACGAUGGCUGCUGAUGCGCGGCCGCGAGCAAGAAGCACGUCAUCUACUGGCCCGACUCGCGGGCGCACCAGUCGAAUCUGCGGAAGUUGAAGUCGAGCUCAACAAUAUCAAGGACGCUCUCGAGGCGCAAAGCCGAGAAGGACCUUUCAAGAUGCGCGAACUGCUCCAUAAUGGGCCGUCGCAGAACCUGCGUCGCACGUUGCUGGGUGUUGCUGCACAGUUCUUCCAGCAGAUUAGUGGCAUCAAUUUGAUCACUUACUAUGCAACUUAUGUCUUCGAGAACUCCCUCGGUUUUGGACCCGAUAUGUCGCGCCUUCUCGCCGCCGCCAACGGCACCGAAUACUUCCUCGCAGGCCUCAUCGCCAUCCCGCUCAUCGAGCGUGCCGGCCGUCGUAACCUCAUGCUCUUCGGCGCAUUCGGCAUGAUGUCCAGCAUGAUCAUCCUAGCAGGCACGAGUUCAACCGCCACAAUCGACGAGCAAGGCGCGCCAGUGCUGAGCACUUUGUACGGCGUCAUCGCAACCGUGUUCCUUUUUGGCUUCAAUACAUUCUUUGCGAUCGACGCAUGGGAUGUGCGUGCUGACAUGUUCUCAGGCUGGCUCGGCAUGACAUGGCUUUAUCCCGCUGAGAUCACCUCGCUCCGGAUCCGCAUCCAAGCCAACGCCCUAUCAACAUGUUCGAACUGGCUGUCCAACUUCCUCAUUGUGAUGAUCACGCCGCCAGCAUUUGAGAACUUGCAGUAUAACACGUACACUAUGUUCGCAGUGUUUAAUGCAGCCAUCAUACCAUCCGUGUACUUCUUCUUCCCCGAGCCCAAGGGCCGGAGUCUGGAAGAACUAGACGUCAUAUUCGCUAGCGAGGACGAUGCCGAAGCUAGAGGGGCGGGCGCUAGAUGUGGAGAUUACGAGGUACUUUGGGGGCGAUGUGGAGGAGGCGAGGAGGCGGAGUGUUGCAAGUAUGCAGGAACGGAGUUAGAGCUGAGAAAGUCUCGACGGUUUUUCAACCGAGGACUGCGUCACGCGAAAGGUGCAAUGAUGGCUGACAAUGCUACCUCAUCAUCGUCAUCAGGCCCCCGUGCCGAUUAG